AUGAAAAUCAACCCUGGAGAAACUUUUAAAAAGCGGACCUUGUUCUCUAACAUUUAUGGAAUCCGCUCGUGGAUUGAUCCCGAGAAAAGAAGAUCCAAUACAGCCGAUACACCAUUGCGUGGAGCUGGAUGUUUGUUGGAAGUGCUUCCAGGUGUUCGUAAGUUCUUGAUUGGUUGCUUGAUCCUCGUCCUUUGCCUUCCCCUUGUCCCGUUUAUUGCCUGCGGUAUAUAUGCUUAUUGUCAUAGUCAUAACAACAAUGAUGAUGCCGCUUGCAAAGUAUGCGUUGAUUAUGAUGCAAAUUAUCUCCGCCGCACCAUCGAUUCUGUAAAGAAGCGAAUUGAAGCCUGUAUCAAAGCGGAUGGAGGCCACUUCGAAAAUUUCUUG